AUGAAUCAGGAUGACACUAAUAAUAAGUUGAAUGAUCAAGAACAUAGUGAAUUGAAUGAACUUCACAAUAAAGAUCCAAAACAAUUUGAAAAUGAUAAAGGUGAAGCCAGUAUGCCUAAAAAUGACAGUGAUAUAGACAUAAAUCAAGAGAUCUUGUUUCCUUUAAAUGUUGAUGAUCCAGGAAAUUGGGACAAAAUUCCAAAUAUUAGGGACUUUCUAGUUGAAAGAGGUAAUAGAAAAGAUGAUGGUAUUUUGUUUCAUCUUGAUAAUACCGGAAGACACUUCAAUCCAUCACAUUAUAAGAGGCAGUUGUCAAAUGGUGAGAAAAGUGACAAAAGAUGUAAGUUUCUCCAAGCAAAGAAUAUGGAUAUUGUUAUGGCUAUUAGACAAUUAAAGGGACUUAUUUCUUCUCUCCAAGAAUUUAGAGAAUCUGGAUUUGAUCAAGCAUUGAUCGAAGCUGAACAUAUUGCAAGUGAAAUGGGAAUUGAACCUAUUUUUCGAGAAAAACGCAUCAUUCGAAGAAAGAGACAAUUUGAUGAAAUCAACAGGGAAGAGGUAACCCAAUCUCCUAAAGAAUCUUUUCGAGUUAAUUACUUCUUAUUUAUAGUUGAUCAAGCUCUUUCUUCACUUCAAACUCGGUUUGAACAAUUUCAGAGUUAUAGUUGCAUAUGCCGAAAGGAGUUUUUCCAAGUUGAAAUUGAUCAAAACUUAUCUCCGAUCAACUAUGUCACAAGAAAGACUAAAUGGCUUGGCUAUGUUAUCUAUCGAGAAAAAAGUGGUUGA